CAAGGAUUUUAUAUACAAUAAUCUGACUCCAUCGAGGACAAUACUAACAAAUAUCGUCUUAGACAACAUUGAUAAAUACAAACGAAUUUAAAUCUUUAGUUUAUUUUAUACACGACUUUCAACUAAAGAUUUCUUUCUAUAAAAAAAGAAAACGAUAACUUAAUAGCGAAACAAUGAUUGGAUACACAACAGCGUUGUUUGCUUUGGUCGCCGGAACUUUGGUCAUUGCUGGCCACGACGAACUCGUGCAAUGCACACCGGGUGUAUAUCAGAUCAUCGGAAAGGCCGACUGUACGGGCUUCUUCAUGUGCGUGUUUGGGAAAAAAGUCGAGAUGCCGCCUUGUCCUGCUAGCUCGGUGUUUAGCUCCAGCGCUAACGUUUGUGUUCCCAAAGGUUCAAUGUAUGAUGACUGCAAGAAAACAACAGAAGGAGGCGGAGGUCACAUGCCAGUGCUGCCCGACCUAGGAUCUCUUAGUCCAAAGGAACGAUGCAAAAUGUUUGGAGGCGUGUUUCCCCACCCCACGGAAUGUCAAGUCUUCUACAACUGCAGUGUUAGUUAUACACACGCGUUCUUCGAGCAACACCUUGUUGAAUGUCCCUACCCUCAACUUUUCAACACCGACACCAAACAGUGUGACCAUUUUGAGAAUGUAAAAUGUGGAAGCAGGACAGAGUUCAAGGAUGGAUGCCAAUACAGAUCCAACCAGUGUCCCGUUUCCCACUGUAGACCCUGCAGUGUCGACCUCCCAAGCUGUGUAGGCAAACCUGACGGAAUAAAUGUUCACCAAGUCAAACUUUGGAGUCCAUUCUACGCCGUAUGCUACAAAGAACGCACGAUCAAAGUGGAUCGAUGCCAAGCUGACGUAAAUGGCCGAGCACAGUUGUUCCAUCCGGAAAGGAACGAAUGCGUUUCAUUGGAUAUGAUUCCUCGAGAACAUGGGGGAUUGAUGCCCGAGUGCGGUACGAAAGUAGACGGGUUUUAUCAGGAUGUGUUUGGGCGAUGUGACCAGUACGUGCGUUGUCAGGGAGGAAAAUAUAUUGGCACGGUGAAAUGUGCGGUUGGAGAGGUGUUCGAUGGCACAAAGGGCGGCUGCGUUCCGCAAGAGAAAGCAUGCGGACCCUGCGGAAGAAAUGACCAUUGCUGAGAAAACUACUUUCACACUUAUCGAAAUAAAAAUGAUGAAAAUGGGCGAAGUGUCGAAUCUCCAAGAUGUAAAAGUCGUGUUAGAGACAGCUUAGUGUUGCUCUGAGUUGAUCUCGCUGUGUUGGCUUUACUACCAACAUUUACCAUUUUAAAACCAACCAACUACUUUUGUGUUGUUAAUUUGCAAUGUUUUGUAUGUUUUUAACAUUUUUUAUCACAUUUAUGAUGUCUUUUGAUUAAGGUUCUAUACUUUGUUAUUUAUUGAUGUUUUAAAAGUAUGCACUUUGCCAGUACAUUGAAUUUGCGUGUGUGUCGUUAGCUCUGUGAUAAAUAUUAUAAAAAAAAUACUGUUAAAAGUAAUACAACAUAGCAUCACUGUAUUGCAUAUACAGAUCUAUUAUGUUUUUAUUACUAUCAAUGUUGCAAACCCUUAAAUAUUAUGAUUAGCUAACUUAUUUACCAUCAUUGAGUGUUUAUAAACUCAUUAGUUAUUCAAUUGGCAUUACAUAGCUGAAUGAUGUUAUAUAACUUAAGAAAGAGAAAGAACACAAAAGAACACACGACUUUGAGUUGUUAAUCAUUGAUCCGAUGCAGAAUGGUACGAUUAUGUAUUAAUCUUUAUUAUGAUCAUUCAUUUGUAAAUAGAUUUUCAUUAUUUUAUUUAUGAAUUUUGCCUUGUGCAAUUCCUUUGAAAUCCACACAUUUUGUUCAAUAAAAUGCAAAAUAUA